AUGGAAGCGCUCCGUGCAUCUGCACGACUUCUGCGAGCGGUCAGCAAGCGCUGCUACUCCGUAGCUCCGUCGACCUCGUCAACACCAGCGACAUCACCAUUCUCACCACGACACCUGCUAUCGAUUAGCGACCUCUCCUCGCAAGAACUCACGGCUCUCGUCCGCAAUGCCGCAUCCUACAAGGCCUCUACCAAGUCAGGUAGUCUCCCAGAACACCUCAGAAACAAGCUGGCAGCACAAACAGUCGCGAUGAUGUUCACCAAACGCUCCACCAGGACCCGUGUGUCGUCCGAGGGAGCCAUCAACAUGCUGGGUGGUCACCCAAUGUUCCUCGGUUCGCAGGACAUUCAGCUCGGUGUGAACGAGUCCCUUUAUGAUACGAGUGUGGUAAUCAGCAGCAUGGUCUCUGGCAUGGUUGCGAGAGUUAAUGCCCAUGAUGAUGUUGCGAACCUGGCAAAGCAUUCGCAAGUCCCCGUCAUCAACGCUCUCUCCGAUCUCUACCACCCACUUCAGACGAUCGCCGACUUUCAAACCCUCCUCGAAGCAUUCCCAACUACGCAGACAUCCUCCAGCACAUCUAGCCUCGGAUUAGAAGGCCUCAAGAUCGCAUGGAUCGGCGAUGCCAACAACGUCCUUUUCGACCUAGCAAUCGGUGCCGCAAAGUUGGGAGUGGAAGUCGCAGUAGCAACACCGAAGGGCUACGAGAUCCCUGAUUUCAUGCGCGAUAUCAUCAAGAGCGCCUCGCCAACCUUCAAGCUCACCGAGACGAAUGUUCCUGACGAGGCGGUGAAGAAUGCGGAUAUUCUGGUGACGGACACCUGGGUUAGCAUGGGUCAGGAAGAGGAGGCGAAGAAGAGGAUGAAGGCGUUUGAGGGCUUUCAGAUCACGAAAGAGAUGGCUCAGCGUGGUGGUGCGAAGGAAGGCUGGAAGUUCAUGCAUUGCUUGCCGAGACAUCCUGAGGAGGUGGCCGAUGAGGUGUUCUACAGCCCAGCCAGCCUCGUCUUCCAGGAAGCUGAGAACCGUCUGUGGGCCGCGUUGAGUGCUUUUGAGGCAUUCUUCGUCAACAAGGGCAGACUCUGA